AUGCCGUCUUCCCGCUGGUGGCUCUAUGUCCAAGCCAUUGUCUGGCGCUUUCUAAUGCGCAUUGGCAUGUUCCUGCACGAUGUCACUCCUCCGCGACCUCCGCGGCCUGCCUUUGUUCGCACUAUUCCCACCGAUUCAGGUCAGAUCCGUCUCUGCUUCUACACGCCACCCAACUACCCCAUCACUCGCAAAGAAGGUCGUCGUCUGCCCGUCGUGGUCAAUUUCCACGGAGGAGGCUUCACGCUAGGAUGCCCCACGGAUGACAGUCGCUGGGCGCAGUGUGUGCUCGGGGAAGUCGGUGCCGUGCUGGUCAGCGUCGGAUACCGUCGUGCUCCCGAACAUCCGUUUCCCGCCGCCGUUGACGACGGCGUCCUCGCCCUGCAGUAUCUCGCUGCCCACGCCGUCGAGCUGGGCUUGGACGUCUCGCGCAUCGCCCUGUCCGGCUUCUCCGCUGGUGGUAACCUCGCCAUCACCGUACCCCUCCGCCUGCGCAGUAUCCUCAGUGAGCAGCAACAACAGCAGCAACGCGACCAGCAAGACGCCCUCGAACCUCGCAGCAGUCCGCCCAACUUGGGUCCCUACGACUCCACCCAGCAACUAGUAUCCGCCGCCUCCACCAGCGAACUCAACAUCGUCGCCCUCUUCUGCUGGUACCCAAUCCUCGACUUCGAAGAGUCGCGUGACCAUCGUCGCGCCAUGAGCCUCAUGCCCAGUAAGACCCUCCCAGCCUUCUUCACCGACCUCUUCGAUGAGUCCUACUUGCCUACGCGCGAGGAGCGGGUCUCGCCCUAUGCGUCGCCCGUGCACGCUACGGAUGAGAUCCUCGCCGAUGCCCUGCCGCACGAUAUCUUCUUCUUUAUCUGCGAAUGGGAUAUGCUUCUCAAGGAGGGCCAGGUGUUUGUGCGACGUCUGCAGAAUAUCAACAAACAUGUCCGCGCCAUGAUGAUCGAAAAGGCGCCCCAUGCGUGGGAUAAAUCGCCCAAUCCAUUCCGCGAUCAAGAUUCAGUUGAUAUUCUCUACCGCGAUGCCUGUGCUGAUAUGAAGCAUAUCUUUGGUGCGUAG